AUGUGUCAGACAAAACAUUUAUCUAAUAAUGUAUUGCCUGAAGACGAACCCGAAUAUGAACUAAUAGGGGAUCAACCUAUAAGACCAAUCAAUACUAACGGUUCAAACAAAACUGAUGACUAUGUUUGGAGUUGUGAUUUUAAUGGUAAAGAUUGUGGUAUUGUUAACGAUAUUAGUGUCGGUCAAUAUUUUAAGUUAUAUUCAAACUUAAUUAAGCCAUUGUUUGGCAAACAACAUGCACUCUGGUUAAACAUCAGUCAACUUAAUACCAACCCUUCAGGUGCCCGACUGGUCACUCCGUAUUUUGAAAGUAAACAUCAUAAUAAAGGUUGUUUGACAAUUGAUUAUCUAAUACAAGGAAAGGGUAUUAAAGAGUUGAUUGUCUUCCAACAGGACAAUCAAAACCAGUGUAUAUAUAGUGCAAACAAAAAUCAUCAAAAUAGCGACAAUUCAGAUGAGACACUCACUGAAAAUUGGAGACAAUUGUCACUAACUAUUGAUCUAAAAUAUGGUUCUUCGCCGCGAUUUUUCAUUGAAACCCAUUUCAACAAUAGAGCUCAUAAUGAGGGCAUAAUAGCACUUUCAGACAUCAAGUUUAUAUUUAAAAGAUGUCAACAUAAUUAUGUAAAUUAUUGUAAGGAAGGAAUAGUUGAUCAAAACAAACCAAAUACUGAUUAUCAAAACGAUUUUCCAUAA